CUGAACCCCUCUCCCGUUAGGGGGGGUGGAGGGGUGAUGCUGCGGGAAAGGCGGGGCCGCGGACCGCGGGUGGAGAGUGCAGCCGGGGUGGGGUAUGGGGAGGGAAGGCGGCUGUCCCACCCCCUCCGCUCCCGGCGCACCGCAGUGCCUGGCGCGCCCGCGCACGCUCACUCGGGGCGGUGGGCGGGCGGGGCGGCGCUGACGUCAUCCACUGACCCCCUUCACCCCCCGGCCGAGGGGCGGUGGCCGCGCAGGCUCCGCGGGACGGACUCACGGACAGACAGGGGACGGAGGGACGGGCGUACGGCCAGGCCAUGCCGGGGGAAGCUGCCCGCGCCGAGCUGCUGCUGCCGGAGGCGGGCGGAACAGGACCCCGCACAGAUCUGUCCUGCGAUGCGGCUGCGGCUGCCACGCCGAGGGGGGACCAGCUGGAGCACUGUGUCCUGACCCCUGAGCCCGGUGCCCUGGCUCUCACGUUCCUGCCCAGCAAGCCGGGUGCCCGGCCCCCGCCUGACGGAGCCAGCUGGGAUGCAGGGCCGGGACGCGCCCCCUCGGCCUGGGCAGUCCAGGCAGAGGACGGCCCCAGCCCAGGGCCCCCCGAGGUUCGGCCUGCCGAAGGUCCUCUCCCAGCCUCCCUGGAGCCCCGGAUCGUGAUGGGCGAGGAGACGUGCCGGGCAUCCCCACUGCCCAGGGCAACCCUGCCAGAGCUCAGGGACUGGGAGGGUGGGCGGGCCAGCCCGAACCCGCCCCCGGAGUUGUGUUCUCAGGGUGACCCUCCGGUGCCUUUCCCUGCCCCAGACUCCGAUUCCUACUUUACCCCUCCCUCCACCCCGACCGAGGCAGCCUCCACCCUGCUCCCUGGCCCAGGGCCCCACAGCGCUGCCCAGGCUGCCCAGGCUGAGCUGGGGAACUCGCCGCCAGCCUCGCCCUCCGGCUCCUACGUCACGGCGGACGGGGACAGCUGGGCCUCGUCCGCAUCCUGCUCCGUGAGCCUGCAGGCCGCGGCUGAAGGGCUGGACGCGCCCUCAGGCUGGGGCUUCUCCCCAGCUGGGUCUGUGGCCGAUGAGAGGGAGCUGCCCCCCGCCGGGACCACGGACACCUCGUCCGCAGAGUCCAGCCUCUCGGCGGACAGCAGCUGCUCCUGGGGCCAGGAGGGCCGCUUCUUCGAGCUGGACUUCCUGGCCAGUGACCCGAUGAUUCCUGCUUCCCUGCUGCCCUUCCAGGGCAGCCUGAUCUUCCAGGUGGAGGCUGUAGAGGUGACAGCGCUGCCCCCCGAGGAAGAGGAGGAGGCGCAGGAAGAGGAGGACGAGGAGGAGGAGGACGAACGGGAGGCGCCCAUGCCCGGAGGGGACCCGGCCGGGGGCGGCGAGGACGACAGCACGUUCGCCUCCUCCCUGCAGUCGCUGUCCGACCUGUCCAUCACGGGGGGCGUGGACGAGGCCUUCGCCUUCCGAGAUGACACCUCGGCCGCCUCCUCGGACCCCGACUCGGCCUCCUACGCGGGGGGUGACGAUGACAGACUGUACAGCGGGGAGCUCCACGCACAGCCCACCGCCCUGCUCCAGGACAGCCCUGGUGAGGCCGCCUCCUGGGGCCCAGAGCCCACUCUUGGGGUGUCCAAGGGAGAGGUUGGCCGGGCUGCCGAGAGCCAGGAACCCAUCUCCGAUAUAACCGGGGUGGGCCCUGCUCCAGGCCAGGUGUCCGCUGCUGCUAUGGCCCCUCACGUCCCACAGAAAGGCCCAGGCCUCACUGGGGUGACCCCUCAGGCCUGGGCAGCAGAGGCAGGCUCCACCAUGGGACCAGCACCUGUUGCCUCAAUCACACCUCAGUCCCUGCAGGAGGGAGACAGCGCUGCCUUAGGCUUAGAGCCCCAGACUUCGAAGGGAGAGGUGGGCCUCGACUCUCUGCAGAACCUGAAGGAAGAAACAGGCCAGGGGUUUGCCGCUGCAGGCAGCCCUGAGCCCCAGCCAGGAGAAGUGGAACCGGCAGCAUCCCUGCCCCUGCAGGAUGCAGGCCUCUCCACUGGCCAGGGAUCUGAGCCCCAGCCGGAAGAAGUGGACCAGACGGCAUCUUUGCCCCUGCAGGAUGCAGGCCUCCCCACUGGCCAGGGAUCUGAACCCCAGCCGAAAGAAGUGGACCAGACGGCAUCCUUGCCCCUGCAGGAUGCAGGCCUCCCCACUGGCCAGGGAUCUGAACCCCAGCCGAAAGAAGUGGACCAGACGGCAUCCUUGCCCUUGCAGGAUGCAGGCCUCCCCACUGGCCUGGGAUCUGAGCCGCAGGCGGAAGAAGUGGACCAGACGGCAUACUUGCCCCUGCAGGAUGCAGGCCUCCCCACUGGCCUGGGAUCUGAGCCCCAGGACAGCCCUGAGCCCCAGCCAGAAGAAGUGGACCUGACGGCAUCCUUGCCCCUGCAGGAUGCAGGCCUCCCCACUGGCCUGGGAUCUGAGCCCCAGGCCAGCCCUGAGCCCCAGCCAGAAGAAGUGAACUUGACGGCAUCCUUGCCCCUGCAGGAUGCAGGCCUCCCUUCUGGCCAGGGAUCUGCCCCCCAAGCAGGCCCUGAGCCCCAGGAAGAAGAACUAGACCUGAUGGCUACCUUGCCCCUGCAGGAUGCAGGCCUCCCUUCUGGCCAGGGAUCUUCCCCCCAGGCAGGCCCUGAGCCCCAGGAAGAAGAACUAGACCUGAUGGCUACCUUGCCCCUGCAGGAUGCAGGCCUCCCGUCUGGCCAGGGAUCUGAGCCCCAGGCCAGCCCGGAGCCCCAGCCAGAAGUGGACCUAACGGCAUCCUUGCCCCUGCAGGAUGCAGACCUCCCCUCUGGCCAGAGAUCUGAGCCCCAGCCGGAAGAAGUGGACCUGACAGCAUUCUUGCCCCUGCAGGAUACAGGCCUCCCCUCUGGCCAGGGAUCUGUCCCCGAGGCCGGCCCUGAGCCCCAGCCGGAAGAAGUGGACCUGACGGCAUCCUUGCCCCUGCAGGAUGCAGGCCUUCCCUCAGUCCAGGGAUCUGCCUCCGAAACCAGACCGGAGCCCCAGCCGGAAGAAAUGGACCUGAUGGCAUCCUUGCCGCUGCAGGAUGCAGGCCUCCUCUCUGGCCAAGGAUCUGCCUCUGAAGCUCGCCCUGAGCCCCAGUUGGAAGAAGUAGACCUGACGGCAUCCCUGCCCCUGCAGGAUGCAGGCUUCCCCUCGGUCCAGGGAUCUGCUUCCGAGGCCAGCCCUGAGCCCCAGCCAGAAGAAGUGGACCUGAUGGCAUCCCAGCCCCUGCAGGAUGCAGGCCUCCCCUCUGGCCAAGGAUCUGCCUCUGAAGCCAGCCCUGAGCCCCAGUUGGAAGAAGUGGACCUGACAGCAUCCGCCCCACCCCUGCAGGAUGCAGGCCUCCCCUCUGGCCAAGGAUCUGCCUCCGAGGCCAGCCCUGAGCCCCAGCCAGAAGAAGUGGACCUGAUAGCAUCCCAGCCCCUGCAGGAUGCAGGCCUCCCCUCUGGCCAAGGAUCUGCCUCUGAAGCCAGCCCUGAGCCCCAGUUGGAAGAAGUGGACCUGACAGCAUCCCUGCCCCUGCAGGAUGCAGGCCUCCCCUCAGUCCAGGGAUCUGCCUCCGAACCCAGCCCUGAGCCCCAGCCAGAAGUGGACCUGACAGCAUUUCAGCCCCUGCAGGAUGCAGACCUCCCUUUGGUCCAGAGAUCUUCCUCCAAGGCCAGCCCUGAGCCCCAGUUGGAAGAAGUGGACCUGACGGCAUCCUUGCCCCUGCAGGAUGCAGGCCUUCCCUCGAUCCAGGGAUCUGCCUCCGAGGCCAGCCCUGAGCCCCAGUCGGAAGAAGUGGACCUGACCGCAUCCCCGCCCCUGCAGGAUGCAGGCCUUCCCUCAGUCCAGGGAUCUGCCUACGAGGCCAGCCCUGAACCCCUGUCGGAUGAAGUGGACCUGAUGGCAUCCACGCCCCUACAGGAUGCAGGCCUUCCUUCGGGCCAGGAAUUGGUCUCCGAGGCCAGCCCUGAACCCCAGUCGGAAGAAGUGGACCUGAUGGCAUGCUUGCCCCUGCAGGAUGCAGGCCUCCCCUCAGUCCAGGGAUCUGCCUCUGAGGCUAGCACUGAGCCCCAGCCGGAAGAAGUGGGCCUGACAGCACCCCUGCCCCUGCAGGAUGCAAGCCUCCCCUCUAGCCAAGGAUCUGCCACCAAGGCCAGCCCUCAGGCCUUGCAGGCUGACACAGGCUACACCCUAGGGACAGAGCCCAUGGCCAACACAGCCCAACAGAAAGGAGGCAAGACUUUGGAACUGAGGCCAGCGCCUGAGAAAAGGGACCCAGACCACACUGGAGGCUCAGACUCUCUGGCCUCGGAUCAGAUCCAUCUGGGUGGCCUGAAGCCAGCUACAGAUGCUCAGAUACCCUUGGACGGAGAUGCAGGCCCUUCCAAGCCUGCCACAGAGGCCCCAGACACACCUGAGCCUGCCACGGAGGCCCCAGGCACACCUGAGCCUGCCACGGAGGCCCCAGGCACACCUGAGCCUGCCACGGAGGCCCCAGGUCCCCCAGAGCCUGACUCCAGUGGGGAGGAAGUGGCCAAGGGCCUUUUGGCAUCUGAGCAGGGAGCCUGUCCUGACGCCCGUGUGCAUGGGGGUGAUGGAGCUGAGCCCAGCUCGCCCCUAAAGGAGGCCCCGGGGGCUGAGAACCAGGGGCGUGGCGUUCUAAAGGUAGUCGUCUGCAGCCCAGAGGCACGUCCUGCUGCCAGCCUGGAGGUUGGCCAGGUGGGGCCCCCAAGCCCGGAGGAGGAGGGAAGGACCACCCUGGGGCCCAGGCUUCCCGUGGCUGUGGCCUCAGAGGCUAGGCUGGGCUCCUGCCCGGAGUCUCCAUCAAGGGCUCUACCCAGGCUGGGAGGGAGCUGUCCCAAAGAUCCUGCCCCGGCAUUUCCACUGCCCUCAAGGCAGCCAGAGCCCGUGCGGGGCCCGCACAACGGAGAGCAGGCCCAGGCAGCCCCGGGAGUCCUCGGCUUCUCCCCGCCGCAGCCUCCACAAGGCCCCACAGGGGGCCUGCCCAGUGCACCCCAAGACAGCAUCCAGGGCGCUGAGUCCUCUGCUCCUGGUGUCCUCAUGCAGACAGUCCCACCCCCCACGGCACCCCCUGCCCCCUGCCCUUGCCAGGUGCCCGGGGAAGACCUGGGGGAGGGCGCAGAGCCCCUGGGCUCUCUGGGACUCCCACCACCACGGGCAAGAGCCCAGCGGGCGGUGGCUGCCUUCUCAGGGACCAAGAACCCCCCCGGGGCCGGGCAGGUCAGCCUCCCGCCCCACUCCCCCCUCCUCAGCCCCAAGGCGGCCCCCAAAGGGGCUACCCAUGCCAAAGACCUGGCCUCGAGGAUCUCGCCCCCCUGCCAAGUGCCUCCUGGCUCUGGGCUCCGGAGCCCAGCCGGACCUCGAGGGCUCCCAGCCGCCAAGCAGCACGAUGACCAGGACAGUUUGGAAGAAGACUCACCCCAGGCCCCAGGCUCCGGCCAGCACUCAGACAGCCACGGGGAGUCGUCGGCCGAGCUGGAGGAGCAGGACCUCUCGGGACCGCAGACCGCGCAGUGCCCAGCCCAGGCCCUGGCAGGUGGCGGGAGCGAGGAGACCGUCACCAAAGUCAAGCAGAGCCGCAGUGAGAAGAAGGCCCGAAAGGCGAUGUCCAAGCUGGGCUUACGACAGAUCCAGGGGGUCACCAGGAUCACCAUCCAGAAGUCCAAGAACAUCCUCUUUGUCAUCGCCAAGCCUGACGUCUUUAAGAGCCCGGCCUCAGACACCUACGUGGUCUUCGGCGAGGCCAAGAUCGAGGACCUGUCCCAGCAGGUGCACAGAGCUGCGGCUGAGAAGUUCAAGGUACCCUCGGAGCCCUCCGCCCUGGUCCCCGAGUCAGCGCCUGGGCCGAGGGUGAGGCCAGAGUGCAAGGAGGAGGAAGAGGAGGAGGACGACGAGGAGGUGGACGAGACGGGGCUGGAGCUUCGGGACAUUGAGCUGGUGAUGGCGCAGGCCAACGUGUCAAGGGCCAAGGCCGUGCGGGCCCUGAGGGACAACCAGAGCGAUAUCGUCAACGCCAUCAUGGUGAGUGGCCGGCCCCUUCGCAGGCGCCUUGCUGCCGCGUCCGCUGUGGCCUCACACAACGGGGCCCUCUCUUUGUGCGCUUCCUGCAGGAGCUGA